AUGACUUCUACCCUCUUUGAAGAAUGCGCCAUCGCGUUUGUCGCGAGUAAUGAACUCCCUCCCAAGCUCAUCGGAGAGCUAUCGACUAUCUUGGAAGACAAUGGUGCUACGAUCUGCGAACCCCGACGCGAUGGCUCCCUGCCUGUCGAAAAAGUCACACACAUCAUCUCCAACACGAUCGAUUUCCCCCAGUUCAUCGAAGCGCAGGCUUUCAUGAUCCCUGUUGUGACAACACAGUGGAUUACCAUCUCCAUUGCUCGUCGAAAACAGGGCCCAAUCAGACCCUUUUCACCUGACCCGAGGAUGAUAUUCUCUGAGGUGGUCGUUACGUGCGCCGAUCUACCGGAGACAGACAAAGAGAGCAUUGCCGGUGCUGUGAUGGCCCUGGGCGGGCAAGAAUCUAAAGAUGCGAACCGUUUGACUACGCAUAUUUGUGCAUUAUCAAUGGAUCAUCCCAAGAUUGAAAAUGCGAGACAGAGGGGAUGGAAAGGAAAGGUGGUUUUGCCACAUUGGUUCGAUGAUUGUUUCAAGCUUGGAAAGCGCAUCGACGAAGGUCCAUAUCUACUGCCGAACCCCGAGAUUCUUAAGAAGUCUCCCGAAGAUGAUGUGCAGAUUCCAAUAAACGGAAACUUGUCAGGAGCAACAUCGGCGACCCCGGCGUACCUACCUUUGCCACCUGAUGGUGAGGUGGUUCGCCCUCCCGUGACCGUGUUCCAGGACCGUCACGUUAUGCUGUCCAAGGAUUUGAACAUUACCGACCGAUUGUCAAAGGUGAUCCAAGAAAUCAUCAUUCAUGGAGGCGGAAAAGUGGUGGACGAAGUUGAUAAUUGCGACAUGUUCAUUUGCCAGUACCGCGACGGGCCUGAGUACGUUCAAGCAGCGCAAUCGUGUAAGGACGUUGGCAACUUGGCCUGGCUUUACUGGCUUAUUGUGCACAAUGGCUGGACAUCACCUCUUCAGAGACUACUGCACUAUCCUGUCCCCAAAAACGGCAUCGAAGGAUUUGAGAAACUGCGUAUCACAUUAUCGAACUACGGCGGUGAAGCACGUAUCUACCUGGAGAAUCUCAUUAAGGCGUGUGGAGCCGAGUUCACAAAGACGAUGAAAGCAGAGAAUACACAUCUGGUCACGGCACGCGAUUCUAGUGAGAAAUGCAAAGCAGCGCCUGAAUGGGGUAUUCAGGUUGUCAAUCAUCUCUGGAUCGAGGAGAGCUAUGCCAAGUGUGAGAUCACACCAAUCAGCAUUAAGAAGUACACGCAUUUCCCUCCGCGUACCAAUCUUGGGGAGAUAAUUGGCAAAACUUUCCUCGAUGAGUCAAAAUUGAGGGAGAAGUACUACCCAGGUGGCGACGAAAACCUGUCUCCGGCAGCGAAGCGAAAGCGAAAGAUUCUCGAAGCUGCAGAGGAGAACGCAUACCCAAGAGGGCCAGCAGAGGGUGUUGUGAUUGGCCAGGUCGACAGCGAAGACGUUGAGAUGGAAGACGCUCAAGAAGAGAACGAAAGACCUGCAAAGAAGAAGGCUACCACCAAGACUGCUGUGGAAACGCCUAUUCGGACAAGGCAUACUGGAAAGGAGAAUGACACCCCUUCGGUGAUCUCUACAGGCGGUCGCAGUGCCAAAGCAAAGGCACAGGCAGCUUUGCAUGGUUUGAGUGAUGAUAUUGCUCUGUAUGAGAAAGAGAAGAAGAGGAUGGCUAAAGGGGGGAAUGCAAUCUGGGGUGGUAAACGGGCCGCAGACCAAGCGGAGAAGAACAACACCAAGACCAGCACCAAGACGAAAAGUGCAACCCCAGAAGUCGAAGAGAAUACGACAGCAGCCAAGCGACCCGCAAAGAAGACGAAACCAUCACUUCCUGACAUUACCAUGCGCAUUAUUCUAACCGGAUUUAAUCGAUGGGUUGGAGACAAGAACAAGGAAGCUAAUGAUCGAAAAAAGCUACGAGAAAUGGGAAUCCAAAUCGUUGCGGAGGGUCAGCCCUGCGACUAUCUGGCAGCGCCUAACAUUGUCCGUACUGUCAAGUUUCUAUGUGCUCUUGCACGUGGACCAACUGUCAUCUCAUCGACGUUCAUCGACCAAGCCAUAGAAACGAGUGAUGUACCUGAUGUGGAUGACUUUAUUCUCCAAGACGAGGAAACGGAAAAAAAGCAUAACAUCAAGCUCGAGAAAUCGGUCGCCCGCGCAAAGGCAAAUAGAGGCAAGCUACUCGUCGGCAUCCCGAUUUAUUGCACGGAAAAGAUCCGCGCUGGGCCAGACAGCUACAAAGCCAUUGCCGAGGCGAACGGUGCCAUUUUCAAGAUCUAUCGAGCGCGAAGCGGAACAACAAUUCGACCAGCGACCGCCGAGGAAGAGGGUAAGCCCCCUGAGCCUGUUUAUCUCCUGAGCAGCGAUGCCAGAGACGAGAAAUCGCUUUGGCCCAAAUUUCGAGAAAUGGCGUUCCAAGGCAACAUGGAACCUCGGAUCGUGGUACCGGAUUGGUUACUCGAUGUUGCGAUGGCCCAACAAGUACGAUUUGACGAAAAGUACAAGGUGGAACAGUUCUACGAAAUGGAAUAG